UAGGGUGCCCUUCCCCACACACAGCACCUCUCUGUCUGCUCGUCUCGAGGGUCUCCGACCAGCAGCUUGUUCCUCUCCUGGUCGGGGAGAGCAGAGACAAACAGGCCCACACCUCGUCUUGCGUUUUCCCCCGAGAAUGGAAUCGCCCGUUCGGUCGGUGGAAACUGGAAAAAACGGGAGCGGGGGCGCGGGCGGUGGGGCGAAUCAGCAGCAGCAGGACAAAGCGACAGCAGCGGGUCAGGCCGGGGCCGGCGGGGCAGCGGCGGCGGAGACCUCGACAUCCCAGCGGUUUGAGGCCAAAUCGUACCUCGAGCGGCAGGUGGAGGAGCUCUCGUGCGCGGACGAGGACGAGGCCCAGGAGAAGGUGUCCCAGCGCCUGCAGUUUAAGCAGGACCAGGCCCGGAAGAAGAGGUAG